CCGAGGCCUAGCACAGGCCCCGGGCCCGGCGCUUCUUCUCCGCGGUUGCUGCUGAUUCCUCCGAUCCUGCCGGUUCCCUCCGGUUACCCGGCACUCCUGGAGACCGCCGGGCCUGGAGGGUACCGUGCCCGUCCCUCUCCAGCAGCCUUUCCCGCUGGGGCAUUUCCUCCAUCCGAGGAUUGGUGACCCCAUCGGUCUCUUGGUGGCCCCGUUGUUCCCAGUGUCCCUCCGACCCGGCCCGCCCCACCCCGCAGCAUGGCGCACCUCCUGGGCCACCGCGGCUGCAUGGAGAGCCUGCGGGCCGACCUGCGGGACCUGCAGGCCGCCAUCGCCGACGUGUGCUCUCGGGCCGGCGCGGUGCGCUUCCCCUCCUGGAAGUUCCCCGAUAAGGUGUCCUGCGACCUGGACAUAUCGGUGCUGCUGCAGCGCUACAGGCACAGCGACAGCGACCCCGAGUUCAGCCAGCACGCACACGUUGUGCUGCUGGAGCUGCUCAUAGACAGGUGA